AUGUCGGACCUCCAGUACAGGCCAGGCGGCUCACUCAAGCUCAAAGGAGGAGAUGAUGGCGGGAAAAAGAAGAAGAGCAAGAAGAAGAAUCCGUCCAAGCUGGCACUGACAGGAGAUGAGCCGGUCAAAUCCGACGCAUUGCUCAAAGCCCGUGAAAGCGAUGAUAAGCGUGGCUCACCGUCUGCUGGAGGGAGCGGUUCAGCCACCCCUGUAAAGACAGAAGCCGAGUUGAGAUUUGAGAAGAUUCAGCGAAGAAGGCUCUUAGACAAGGUAUCCAAGAUGGCUAGCAAGACUCAUAAGGACCGCGUCCAGGAGUUUAACACCAAGCUCGAGCAGGCUUCUGACCAUCACGACAUCCCAAAGGUCGGACCUGGAUAA